CUCCACGCUCUUAUACUACUAACCUGGGCUCUUCUUAUACCACCCAACAACGCCCACUCUCCCUCACAACCUCUCAUCUCACUUCAGGAAUUCUAAUAAAAAAAUGUCUACUCUCUUCACACUCCCCAUCGCAAAAUGCGGCGCCCAUCCCGGCGGAACCCUCACAUGCACAGAACCCUCACCGAGAGUCUACCUCCUCACCCUCCUCUCACCACCCGACAACCGUCUUACAACACCCGUUCUCAAAGCCUUUCUCAACGCCCUCGACAUCAUCGAGUUUGGUCACCCUCACGGCGUUGUAGCGACUACUUCUGGAAUUCCAAAGUUUUAUAGCAAUGGUCUUGAUCUGGAACAUGCUGUUGCGACGGAGGGUUUCUGGCCUUUGCUCUAUGAUGUCUGGGCUCGUUUCUUGACAUACCCUAUGCCUACAGUGGCUCUCAUGAACGGUCACGCUUUCGCAGGUGGUCUCAUGCUCGCCACAGCCCAAGACUACCGCCUCGCCCCAACCCCACGAGGUUUCCUCUGUCUCAACGAGCUUGUCUUCGGCGCACCCCUCAAACCCGCCAUGUCAGCUCUCUUCCGCAUCAAGUACUCCCACGCAACCUACCGAAGCCUCGUCCUCGAAGCCAAGCGCUUCACAGGCGAGGACGCCCUUGCAGCCGGUAUCGCCGACGGUCUUGCGCCCAAGGGCCUCGAAGACCUGCUCAGCUUUAUCAAGGAGAAGGAACUCAUUGACAAGAGCAAGUCUGGUGUCUACGGCGUGCUGAAAAUGGAGAUGUACGCUGGCUUGGUCGAGUUUAUGAGGGGGCCUGCUAUGGAGGCGCAUGAGCAGAGAUUCGAGGAGGCGCAGAGCAGGGAGGGCGAGAGGAAGGAGUUUGGAAAGGUUUGGUAUGAGCAGUGGUUGAAGGAUACCAAGGCCAAGUUGUAGAUGGCUGUUCUUGUACGAUAUAUGUGUGACAUAUCUGUUGCGACUUGCAGAAUAUUUGGGGCGCUGCCCUCCCCUCAUGUACCAAAAUAUCGACUUCCUUGUGUAGGACCUACCUUUAUAUACUAAAAUCACUCUGUAUAUCAUCGGCGAAGAGUGGUGUAGGGGUAUCUACAUAACCUAUAAACCUUCUAAAAUCCGAAC